CGGAACUGUAGAAGGACUUGUGCUGAUCGUUUAAUCGAAAGUAAAAAUGUCCACAGUGGAGUUUCUGAUAAACUUUGUCAACGAGCGGCUGUCUGCCGCCGUGGAUGAAAUUUUCACGGUGUUUGAAAACACGAUCGUCAAAUACGAGCAGGACAUCGAGCGGCAGCGCAGGCUGCUGGAGAGCUUCUGGAAGCCGGAGAUCAAGCUUCAGAGGAUCGACCACCCACAGCUCCACGUCACUGCAGCAGAGAAGGUUCUUCCUAAAAAGCAUCUCUGUAACCAGGAGAGGAACUGCAGCCUGAACCAGGAGGAACCAGGGCCUCCUCAUGUUAAACAAAAACACAAGAAACUGUUGUCCAAUCAGCAAGAACCAAAGCGUCCACAGAUCAAAGAACAGCACAAACUCAGGAGGGAGGGAGUGCAGUCGGCACUGAAGCGUCACACCGAGAGCUUUGUGGUGACUCCUGUUUAUGAGGAACAUAGAGAACAGGAACCAAACGAUGGCCAGAUUCGCUUUCACAGCUCCCCAAACUGGAGUCUGAUAGGAAGCAAGCACGUGAGGUCAGGAUCAGCCGCAAACGUGGACGAGAAACAAAGAAGGAAGCGCAGAAGAAAGGCCAAUGAAAGAAACUGUAGAAAACUCUCACACGUCCAAGAGUCAGCAUAAAAAAGUCUGCAAAAUGUGAAGUGGGUAAAACAAACUUUAUGAAAAAGUCCCAAAUGCUGAAGCUUCCCAGGAUCCGCACACGUGAAGCUGCACACGUGUGACACAUAGUUGUAGGUUGUAAACUGUCACUCCACACAAGAAGUUGUGUUCAAGCAAGAUUUGCACUAAAUGUCACAGAAAUACAGCAAACUUGUGUUUCAGGCUUCAAGAAAGCUGCACGAAUAUCUUUGGGGAAAAAUAUGUUUCGAAGUCAGUCACAAGCAUUUCAUACGUUUCAAAGAUUUUUAUUUGCAAAUAAACUGCUGAACGAGUCGGUGUUUGCAGAGGCAACGUGUGCUGCAGCUCAGCUUCUGGGUCAAAUCCUGAUUGUUCCUGCUUUAUCACAGCUCCAGGAUCAGUUUGUGAGCUUCUGCUCUUCCACCUGCUUUUUAAGGUUUGACCAAACUGUCAGUCGAUGACCAGCUGAACGUUUUCCAGCAUAUCACAAGAAAGUGAUACCAAGUCGCUCGGAGGAGAAUCAAAUGAACGUUUUGGAUCUGUGACCAGGAAACUCCUGGGAUUUACAUACAUUUGAUUUAUUUGGCAAUAAAAUUCUUUUAAACAUGUGAAAUGUUCCCGAUGGUUCUCGAUUACAUCAUAAAAUCAUGUAAAACAGCAAAUUUGUGCCAGUAAAAAAAAACUUUCGACCAAGUCUAUAAAUGCAGACUAACAGAGCGAGCUGUGAGGCCAUCUUUGAGUUUCUCUGAGGUCCUGGAGGAAAAGCUUACACGUUUGCACCACGUGUGUAGUUCCUGAUAUCAAUACUAGAAACAGAUUGGAAAAAAAUUGUAAAUAUUCCGUUCUUUUUUCUUUUGUUUUAAUAAAUGAGGUGAAUUAAAGACCGAAGCUCUAAAUUCUAAAUGAGUUUGUUACUGAGUAACUGUGCAUGUCCUUUCAGCUUUCUUUAUUUUAUUAAUCAUGUAUAAAUGCAUUAGUUGUACAUAGAUUGAUACGUCUGAUGUUUUGAAGAUGUUUUAUCAUCUUUUCCUUGUUCAGGUUUUUUAAAGUGACACUCGAGUUCUGGACGUUUUCUUUAAUAAAUGAUUCACAAACCAA